GAGCAACCAGCGCGCUCGGGUGAGUGAGUCUCCAUUUUCUAGGUUUACACCAGGGGCCGUGCUCCUAAAGCCCCGCCUCCACAUCCAGGUUUCGGGGUCGCCUGGAAGUAUAACCUUACCUGAGAAGGAAGACCAGAAGAAGAGGGGGAAAAAAAAAGGAGGAAUGGCUCUUUUCCAGGAACUGUUGACGUUCAGGGAUGUGGCCAUAGAGUUCUCUCAGGAGGAGUGGGAGUGCCUGGACCCCGCUCAGAGGGCCUUGUACAGGGACGUGAUGUUGGAGAACUACAGGACCCUGGUCUCCCUGGGUGAGGAUAGUUUCCCUGCAGAGGUUGGGAACUGCUCUAGGCUACCUUUGUGUUUCUUUUGGGAGGCGCUUGAGAGUCCCUGCCCUGUUUGACUGAGAGUGAAGCCUUGCUGAUCCAGAAAUGAAAAGCUUCACACCGAGGUGUCUGGAUUUGAAGUGCCCCCUUUCGUCCGAUGACGUGCUCACUACAUGCAGGUUAGUGGUGGCGCUAGAAGUUGAGGAGACACAAGACUUUAUGUCAAAACUUUAAAACAUCGGAUUGCCUGGUUUUACUCCUGUACUCUUGAUUCAGUAGUUCUGGGAAGAGAGCUGGAUAUCUGUGUAUGUCAGACAUUCAAGCAUUUGGAAGAUGUAGGUCGGUCACUGAACAAGUCUGUGAAAUGCUAUUCACAACCCACCUGGUUGAAUGUCCUUGGUCUCAGCUGUCCAGGGACUGGGAUUAGUUUAUGGAAAAGCUGCAGGACAUCAUCUACCGGUUUCCAUGUCAGCAAGACCCUCUUUCUGAGCUGAAUAUCAUCUCCACUGUGGAGGAAGGAAGAGCCUUGCACGGCCAGGAGUGGGGUGAAACUAGCGGCAAAACCCAGGUGGGUGGGAACGUAUCAAAGAUGUGAAGGCAAGUGAGGGUCAGAUGGCAGAGAGGAAUUGACUCCCUGAAAUGUUGUUUGGGACAUUCUCCCCGGGUGGGAGAGGUGUUUGGAAAAGAAGAGUUGAUCUCUUGUGGGCUCUCAAAGGAGGGUGUUAUUCUCCUCCUUCACCCUCUUCUCGGUGUGUGCAUGUCUCCUGCCCUCCUCAGUGGUAGUGCAGCUCCUGGCAGCGACAAGGGCAAAGUCUUUGUCACGACCCAGGCAUGCCCUUCUCUGCCCCCAGGAGUUCUUACUGGUUCGACCUUGGGGAGCACAUGGAGGGCUGUUUGUAAGGGGCGUCUUCCUUCGUUGCGUCUCCUUCUCUAGUCAGUCACACAGACCUUAGGUGAGGCCCCCUUCGUCCUGACUGCGGGCCUUCUCCAGCUUGUAUCCUGUUUCAUGUGCUUGAGUGACCUGUCAUGAUGGCAACACUCUUUGCAUCUAGGGCCAGGGGCAGGUGCAUGGGCUGUCCCAAGCCCUCUGCCUGCUCCAUGCCUCUGCCAUUUCUUCAUUUCCACUUUCACGCUCUAGGGGCAUGUGUACUGGGAAUGGAGUGGGUGUUUCGAGAUUGUUACUCAGCAAUGCUGUAAAGACAGUGUGUGGCAGGGGGCGGUCGGGUGGGGGGACCUUUGUUUGAUCCCCAGUCCUUCAUGGGGACCAUAUCUCGGGCUUUGGGCCAUCAGCGUGGAGUCUGUAGUCAGACCCCAGAUCCUAUUUGAACAUCCCACAAAAUCUGACCCCGUUUCCUUACUCUCCUAUCAUUUCUUUGUCUCCAACAUGCUAGUCCACCUUAGUCUGGGAAUGUGGGAAAACCUUGGCUCUCCCUGAUUUCAUAGUCUCCUAAGUUUGUGUGGUUUUGCCUCUGAAACUUUCUUGGUUCUGAAAUACACUUCCUCAUCAUCUGAACUUUUAUUCUUGCAUUUUGUGCUGUGA